AUGGCGGUGCAAGCAGCGCUCCUGAGCACUCAUCCAUUCGUGCCCUUCGGCUUCGGGGGCCCCCAAGAUGGGCUGGGGAGCGCCUUCGCAGGCUUGGACAAGGGUUGCUGCUUUGAGGAUGAAGAGACUGGGGCGCCCACGGGCGCGCUGCUGUCGGGAGCCGAGGGUGGAGACCUGCGCGAAGCCACCCGCGACCUCCUCAGCUUCAUCGACUCGGCGUCCAGCAACAUCAAGCUGGCGCUGGAUAAGCCUGGCAAGUCCAAGCGGAAGGUGAACCAUCGCAAGUACCUGCAGAAGCAGAUCAAGCGCUGUAGCGGCCUCAUGGGCGCCGCGCCCCCCGGCCCACCCUCCGCCGGCGGAGCAGGUGGGGACGCGGCCGGCCCGGCGGGGGGCACGCCGGCCCCGGGCGCCAGGAAGGUCCCGCUGCGGGCUCGCAACUUGCCGCCGUCCUUCUUCACCGAGCCGUCCCGGGCGGGCGGAGGCAGCAGCGGGUGUAGCCCGUCGGGGUCCGGCGUGAGUCUGGGAGACCUGGAGAAAGGGGCGGAGGCCGUGGAGUUCUUCGAGUUGCUGGGGUCCGACUAUGGCACGGGCGCGGAGGCGGGCGUCUUGCUCGCCGCGGAGCCUCUCGACGUGUUCCCCGCCGGGGCCGCGGUCCUGCGGGCACCUUUGGAGCUGGAGCCUGGCCUCUUUGAGCCACCACCGGCAUUAGUGGGGAACCUAUUGUAUCCCGAUCCUUGGAGCACCCCAAGUGGUCCCCCGACCAAGAAAUCGUCCCUGACCGCAGCCCGCGGUGGCUUGACCUUGAACGAGCCCUUGCGGCCCCUCUAUCCCGCCGCCGCCGCCGCGGACGUUCCGGGCGCGGAGGACGGGCCCGGCCACUUGGCCUCCUUCGCCCCCUUCUUCGCCGAUUGCGCCCUGCCGCCCGCGCCCCCUCAGGUGUCCUACGACUACAGCGCCGGCUACAGUCGCACGGCGUACGCCAGCCUUUGGAGACAGGAUGGGGUUUGGGAAGGCGCGCCCGGAGAAGAGGGGACACACCAGGAUUGACUGCGGGGUACCCUGACCACCCAUCAGAACUGUUGUGGGGAGCGCCCCCGUCUGGGUCUCUCCUAAACCCCGGAGAACGAUGGGAAAAAUGCACAUGGAGGUGAAGCCGGAUUUAAAAAACAAAAUGAUUCAAUUAAUGAAAGGAACUUCAGAAAAAAGAAGAAGAGGAAUUUGGGGAGUUGUUUUCAUAACAACGUCGUUUGGUUUCAUUGUGAUGAAAGCCAUCGUUAAAUUCCUUGUGGAUCAGAGGAAUCCAAGAAAAACAAACAAAAACAAACAAGGUUGGUUGGUCGUGGCUAAGGGGACCCGAAGUGGCUUCUGUUGCCACCUGUUCCGUCUCCAACCUUUCAGCAAAGAGCGCAGAAAUUCGUGUAGUUCACUCUUCUGAAGCGUGCGCUGGUCCUUCCCCUUUGAAUGCAUCA